ACAACACUUGAGAGGAGAGGAGCAAACUGCUGUUACAUCAAUUGCAUAAAAAGACGCAUAAAUAUUUAAAAGAGUAACCUAAAUACUGGACCUGAUCUCACUUACUGAGAACUCUAAAAUUAUAUAAACUACUUAUGUUUCAAGACAGUGAUUAUCAGUUAGGAAAUAACUGUAGUUCCCACUGCUGCUUGUUUCUGGUACGAACGCAUUGUGUGUAACACUCGAAUCGGACGCUGCCAGGUGGCCUGUACCGUGCAGGAAGCUUGUGUGACGUUGGAAAUGGGAAUCGUAGCUCACUUUUCUGCAGAAAAAUGUAGGGAAUCGUGCAGGCCGUGCUUACAAGGCGUUUUCUGUCUUCAGUGAGGAAAAAGUGUGUGUGAUGGACCGGGACCUGCUGAGACAGUGCCUGUCGUACCACGGACAGAGCCUGUUCGCCCUCCUCGGGAGCGAGCAGAGCGAGAACGCGCACUUCAGGCUCAUCUCCGCAGACCUGGCCAAGGCCCCGUGUCAAAGGAAAGAUAAAAAUACUGACAGCUCGGCUGUGGAGCAGUUCAUCGCUCGGAAAGCAGAUCUCCUCUUUUCGCCGACAUGGAAGUCAGCUGUGCCUGCUGAGGAGGAGUGGUCGGAGGAAACGGAAGAGGCCUACGCCAUCAUGCCCCCGCUGGAGCAGUUCAUGGAUGUUCAUUUCGAGGAGAGAAGGGACCUGUUCUACCGAGACGUGGAGCGUGGGGACGUGGUGAUUGGGCGAAUCAACUCCAUCCGGGAUUUCGGUUUCUUCAUCACUCUGAUUUGCAUGGGUGGAGGGCUCGAGAGGGAAAUCGAGGACCUGGAGCUGACGGCCCUGUGCCCCAUCAGAGAAGUUCCGUCUAACGGGAAUCACGAUGACCCGCUCUCCUACUAUCAGAUGGGAGACCUAAUACGAGCUGGGGUGAAGGAUAUUGAUCGUUACCAUGGGAAGCUCACCGUGUCACUGCACCCGUCUUCCCUGUCACCAAAUUUAGCCAAACUGAAACUUGGGGUCAUCAGUGCAGAGGAAAUGCCAUUGCACUACAGUCGGGGCUUGAAAGUGGCCAGCAGUAGUUCUGAAACGUAUCAGAAAGUUUUGGAAAGCUCGCUGGGUUUCUCCAACCCUUCUAAUGUAGAGUUUCUUCUGGGGAAGCUGGGAAUUAGUGAAACGCAGCCACCUUCGCUGAUGCGGGGGCUACAGAGCAAAAAUUUCUCGGAUGAGGAUUAUGGAACCUCUAUCAGAAAGAAACAGUCUGCGUCUUGGGCAUUGAAAUGUGUGAAGAUAGGAGUGGACCACUUCAAAUCAGGCCGCCAUGUGGAAGCCAUGAACGAGUACAACAAGGCCCUGGAGAUGGACCCAGAUAACGUGGAAGCACUGGUUGCUCGAGGAGCCCUGUAUGCGACAAAGGGGAGCUUAGUGAAGGCAAUGGAUGAUUUCGAGCUUGCCUUGAAGAGCUGCCCCAGUCACAGAAAUGCGAAGAAGUACCUCUGCCAGACACUGGUGGAACGUGGUGGCCGACUGGAGGAAGAGGAGAAGCUGGUCACAGCGGAGAGUCUGUACAGGAAAGCGUUGGCCUUGGAUGAGAAUUUCAAGGAAGCGGAGGAUGCUUUGCAGAGACUUCAGGUGCACAUCCAGAAAUCCCUGAAACUGCGAGAAGAGGAGGCGGCAAAAGAACAGAAAAAAUCUAAAAAUGUGGAGACAAGUGCAGAAAAAUUACGUAAAAUCCUAAAAGAAGAAAAAAGAAUGAAAAGAAAAAAGAGGAGGUCAUCAUCAUCAUCAUCUUCCUCCUCCACCAGCUCAUCCACAUCUAGGGACUCUUCCUCCUCUUCUGGCGGUCGCAGGAAAUCCAAGAAGAGGAAGCGCAAAGGGAGGCGAUCAUCACGCAACCGUAAGAAACGUCACCGGCGGGUUUCGUCCCACGAUAGGAGUGUGGGCAGCAAAGAGGAGUGGUACCCCGCUCCGGCCAACACGUCAGCCUCUUUCAUCAAUGAGAAGCAGGAGGUGUCUAGAUUGCUUGAUGAGCAGAGUUGGCCAGAGGGCUGUGGUACUUCUCAGGUUCAGCGUAGGAGAUCACGGCCUUCUGUUUCGUCUUCUUCACUUGGAGGCCAGGAUGACAGCAGAGGUAGGUUUGAAGAUGACCCCUUUGAUGGCCCGUCACAGCAGACGGAUCAUUGUCGAGGAAGAGGGGAUGGGUGUUUGGUUUCCCCCAGUGGGAGUGAGGCAGGGCUACGUGAGAGGAAGUGGAGUUGUGGGGAGAGAGUUCAGAGGAAGGAGAGCUCCAGUAGGCACCAGGAACAGGACAGCUUGGGUAAAAUGAGAAACAAAAGGUAUUCGUCCUCCUCGGUGGGCUCGGAGCCCUCUCGUAGGGCCGACAGUCACACAGAUGGGCACUCUGCGCAAAGUGGCAGUUGUAGGCGAUCGGACGGCAGCAGGUACGAUAACCGAGGAGCCACCAAUCAAAAAGGGGAACCCAGGGACAAGAGGUACUCUGAUGAAUGUGAUCCCAGAGCAUCUGGUGACACGUCACAAAACGGAAAAGUAUCUUCAGAAGGAAGUGUGAGAAAAAAUGUGCCGGCCACCUUGCUUGACAUUUUCAGCCAGAUAGCUCAGUUUGAGAAGGAAAAGCUCAACAAGGCAAAAAUGUGAAGCCCCUGGUGUCCUCUCAAAAUGAGCUUUUAGUAUUUGCGCAUGUUUCAGAAUUGAUAGCUGAAGGCCCUUUACUGAUGUUUACAGAUUUGUUGGUCUGAGCUGUUUUGAGGAUUCCUUGUUUGUGUAAAAUCCACUGCCUUAAUUUCAUUUUUGUGACUGUAUGAGAUUCAAGUUCAUAUGGGUGUCUUGUCAAAAAACACUUUGCUUUUUCAUUUAAUUAUUCAAUACAUUGCUGACAUAACUAACUUUUCCUUGCUUGGUACUGUGACACUGCAAAGAUUAAAUUGCACCAGUGCUACGAAUCAAGUCCAAAGUUGCUGGUUUCUACCGGUAGAACUUAAGCGAUGUACCAGUUUUCAGGCAGUUUAAUCCAGACCAUGCAGUAUUUAUUAGGAAAUGGCUCAUCUCUAUGGAAAUGUGCCAACCUUUUCUCUGCCCCCCGCCAUAUGUACCAAUAAAUGCUCAACCAUAGACUUGUGGAUGUCCG